AUGUGCGGCUAUGUGGAGUUUUUCUUCAACCUUCUGAACAUGCAAGACAACAUCUUGGCCAAGGUUGGCAUCCUCCGCGUGCUGCGGCUUGCAAGAAUAGUUCGGCUCAUGCAACUGCUUCGCAAAAGCCGUUCACUGAAGGAGCUGCAAAAGCUGGUCACGAUGCUGGCCACCUGCUUGAAGGCGAGCUGGCAAAAGGGCCGGGGUAAUCAAGGAGUCCCGAGGUUUUGCUUCGUUAUCAUGACAGUAUGGGCCAUGCUCCUGGUAGAGAUCGUGCACCCGUUAGUGAUGGAGCUUAACGAUGCGACCGACGUGUUCCAGGACUGCCCGCAGUGCUUGCGGGCAACCUCCUCCGUGAUGCACGCCAAUUUGUUGCUCUUCAAGACGGUCAUUGCUGGGGAUAGCUGGGGUCGCAUUGCAGUUCCUGUGAUAGAAGCCCAUCCAUUGACAGCCAUCAUUUUCAUGGGCUCCUUGCUGACGCUGGUCUUUGGCGUCCUGAACAUGAUUGUGGCAGUGGUGGUGGACACCUUUGCGGAAGUCCGCGAGAGCGAUGUCAUGCAGCUGGCUGAAGAGUCAGGGCCUCGGACGAGCGUUCCCGAUUUUCAGGAAUGUGAGUGUCGUGUUGCUGUUGCUGUUGCAAUUGUUGUUGUUGUUGUUGUUGUUGUUGUUGUUGUUGUUGUUGUUGUUGUUGUUGUUGUUGUUGUUGUUGUUGUUGUUGUUGUUGUUGUCGUUGUCGUUGUCGUUGUCGUUGUCGUUGUCGUGGUCGUGGUCGUGGUCGUGGUUGUGGUUGUGGUUGUGGUUGUGGUUGUGGUUGUGGUUGUGGUUGUGGUUGUGGUUGUCGUUGUCGUUGUCGUUGUCGUUGUCGUUGUCGUUGUCGUUGUCGUUGUCGUUGUCGUUGUCGUUGUCGUUGUCGCGUUGGCGUUGUCUUGUCGUUGUCGUGUGUCGAUGGUGUUGGCGUUGGUCGUUGUCCUGUUGUUCCCCGUUUUUCGAUGUCGGUUUGUCGUUGUCGUUGUCGUUGUCGCUGCGUCGCUGUUGCGUUGUCCGCUUGUCGUUGUGCUGUUGUCGUUGUCGUUGUAG